ACUCAGAGAUGGCGUCUCCGCAGCAAGUAGCCCCUAGCGCCGAUGUGGUUGGCAAUGCAUUUGUCCUUCAGUACUACCAUAUCUUGGAGAAGUCUCCAGAGCACGUUUACCGAUUUUAUCAAGAUGAUAGCAAGUUUGGUCGCCCCGAGGGUAAUGGGAUGAUGAAUACUGUAACCACCAUGGAUAUAAUCAACAGGAAAAUAGUUGAGAAUGGGAAGCUCAGUGCAAAUGUUGUAACUGUGGAUGCUCAAGAAUCUUUUAAUCGGGGUGUAUUUGUCCUUGUGACUGGGUUUAUAAUUGGAAUGGACAGUUUGAAGAAGAAAUUUACCCAAAGCUUUUUCUUGGCACCACAAGACAAAGGCGGCUUCUAUGUUCUGAAUGAUGUCUUCAGAUAUGUGGAUGAUUCUGUUAACCAAGAUACAGACCAUGGAUCAGUUGCCGAUGUUGAAGCUCCUCUUAAUUCGGAGCAAGAACCUUCUUUGCCAGACAGUCAUGUUUCUGAGCCUGUAACUGCUGUUCCUGAAGAUGUCACCGAGGAGAAGAGAGAAGUCCCAAUUGAAGUAGAGGAAAUACCUGAAAUCGUCGAUGAAAUCCCAGAUGAUUCAGAGGUUGUGCCUGAAUCUGGAUACUCGGAACCAGUUGUGGUCAUGGUGGAAUCUGACAAACCCGCAUCGGUGGUGGACGAUGCUAAAUACUCAGCAACUGUGGUCGCUGAAGCUGAACAGUCUGUGCCGGUGGUGGCGGAAUCUGUACUUUCGGCACCGGUGGUGGUCAGAGCUAUUCCUAAAUCUGAAGAAGUGCCUAAGAAGUCAUAUGCCUCAAUUGUAAAGGUUAUGAAGGAGAGUGCUCUACCAUUUUCUGCUCCUGCACAUGCUACUGUGAGAGCCAUUUCAAAGUCCCAAGAGCCGCGGGCCGUUGCUGCUCCACAACCUGCUCCAGUUACCGAAACAGUAGUUUCCAGCACAAAUGCUAAAGAAGAUGGGAACCAACUAGAGGCCGAAGUUGAAGGGCACUCUAUCUACAUCAAAGGUCUGCCUUAUAAUGCCACACAUGAUAUAAUAGAGAAUGAAUUUAAAAAGUUUGGAUCCAUCAAGAACGGCGGAAUACAAGUUAGAAGUCAAAAGGGCUUUGGUUUUGGCUUUGUGGAAUUCGAGAAUGCAAGUGCUGUACAAAGUGCACUAGAGGCUUCACCCAUCAUGAUUAAUGGACGUCAAGUUGUUGUCGAGGAAAAGAGAUCUACAAGUCGAGGGGGGAGUAGGGGAAGAUUUUCAUCUGGAAGGGGGACUGGAUACAGGAACGAAGGAUCUAAUGGGUACAGGAAUGAGGGACCUAAUGGGUACAGGAAUGAUGGACCUAAUGUUGGAUACCGGAAUGAUGCACCUAAUGGGUACCGGGGGGAUGGACCAAGAGGACGUGGAGGCUAUGGAGGUGGUAGAGGUUAUGGCCGCAGCGAUUUCAAGUCCGAAUUUGGAGGAAGGAAUACAGGUAGGGGAGGAUCAUCGGGCCGUGGAGGUGAUGGGUUUCAGAGGUCUGAGAAUGGUGGUCGUGUGAAUCGUGCUGGUGGACCGGCUGUUAAUGCAGCACCCAAAACUUCAGCUCCCCGGGUGUCUGCUUCUGCUUGAGAAAGAAGUUCAGCCCCCCUGAGUGUUGGCUUCUGCUCUGAGGGAUACAAAUGAUUUUUUGGAAGUAUGUUAAUGGUCAAGUUGUUCGAUAGCAUAUUAAGAGGGCUGUUUCUGAUCGUUUGGGGGAAGUGAACCACCUAGUAAAAACCAUAGGAUUUUCUUGGACCAUUUUUUGUUUGCGGUUUUCAUAUUUUAGCUGCUUUUUGGGUUUGAUAGUGGCCUUAGAUUUCUGCAAGUAGUGUUCCCUUAUGAACUACUUGUGGGUUUCUAUUCCCUUUAUUUGCGAAGGAAGUGAGAAUUAUUUAGGUUAGUUAGCAGUUUGCCUUUCUAGGUUCUACUGUACUGUGUUGUAGGUCUCUAUGUUCAUUUAAGUCUAAUGUCUGUGG